AUGGCUAGCCAACCUACGCUAUCUCAGAAUGAUGGAAACUCCGGAACAGCUUACAACUCCUGGAAGUCCAAGCUGACCGAGGAUCAGCUGAAAAGAAAGCGUCUACAGGAUCGCCAGUCGCGACGGGAAACUCGCAGCAAAGUAAAAGACACGGUGGCGACGCUGGAGGAGCGCCUUCGCCUGAUGGCAACACCUGAUCGCCUCAUCAUGUCCCUCAUUGAGAGCAACGCCGAAUUCCAAGCCCAGCGGGAUUGCCUCCAGGGCAUUUUGGACACAUGCAUGGGGGCAUUUGGAUUCGAUAAGGCAGAAGGGCGCGAUAUCCUCACCAGACAGAUGCAACGGCAGAAACAGCCCAAGGACGAAGCCACGGGACGAGCUGCCAUGGUUUCGGCCUUGCCCUCGCCGUCUGCCAGCUCACCUGAUAGCAUGCACUGGCAGCGCAGCCCUGCCGACGUCGAGAUCGACUCCCGCAUGCGCAUUCACAUCACGCCCUCGCCUUUCUUCGGCAUCGGCCGGGUCAUGCAGCUCGAAUCCCAGAAUAUGACCAUCUCCGAUCAAGAGAUCCUCGCCGCCAUCCCCAAGUGGCGCGACUCAUUUGAGAGCAAGUCCUCGUCACACCCGAACUCAGUCAUGGGUCUCGCGUGCGAGCUCAUCCACUCGGAUCUCCCGCCGAGCCAGAUUCGCGACCAGGAGACGCUCGAAAGGCUUGUGCGUCUGCCAGACUUCUUCUACCUGAUGAUCGCGGAGUUGUUGGGUCUCUCCGUCGAAGAGGUGAGGCCUCCAGGCGCCACCACUCGUCACUGUCUCCUCGAUGUUAUCGGAAGCAAGCGCAGGCAGAUGAUCGCUCUCGCUGUUGAGUCGACGCGGGCUUGGAGAUAUAACUCGCCUGCCGAACGGGUGCUCAUGUUUUGGGGGGUCUACCGGACUCUAUGCCUUUUGGUAUUUCCCACGCCGCAGAACCUGGCACGUUGUCCGCCUUGGUAUCGGCCUGUGCCUUCGCAAUUUGUGCACCCCCAUCCGAGCUGGGUUGACUUUAUCCCCUGGCCGUUUAUGCGAGAUCGCAUGAUCCACAUCUACCGAGACUACCGCGAUGCCGACCUGCUCUCGACCAUGCUCGCAUCCCUCAAACUCAACCCCAAAUGGAACGCGAACCUCACCUCGCUCCUCGGCCCCAACGACGACCACACCGACCUGAUCCUGGACCCGGAGUUUCAAGCCGAGAUCGACUCCGUCGCCAACAUCAUGGUUAAACCCAAAUUCGUCCAUAUCUACCCCGAGUUCGCCACAUAUCUGAACGUCGCCGAGGGCCACGCCUCGGAGAGCUCCCCAGCACUGUGGGCCGACGACGGCACGACGACUUUGGCGCCGCAACAGGACGCCGAAAAUGUCGACUUGUACCAGUGGAUCGACCCGUUCUCGGUGCCUUCAGCCUUGGGACGCGCGAUCCAGAGCUUAGGUAAUAGUCCCAACGCACAGUCUCAGCAGCAGCAGACUUGGUCGCAGCCUCAACAGGAGCAAUGGCAGCCGGAACCCCAGCAGCAGCAGCAGACGUGGACACAGACUCAGACGCAGACGUGGCAGCAACUUCAGCCGCAAACUCAGCAUUAA